CUCAUAAAAACCAACAAGGCUUCAGGUACCCUCACCUGGGACACCCAACUCUUGGAUCAAAGGUGCAAGGACUUGCUCACUUCAAGAAUCCAGAUGCUUUCUUGGAAACCAAGAAAAUGAGUUUUUGUCUUCACAUUUACCCAUGAGGUAUCAUUCCUGCUGUGCUUUCAUUUUGUCCUGGGUCUAACCAGACAACCUAACAAAUUCUGACCCCAGCAGCUGGGAUCCCAUACCCGGAAGCCCUUGGUGACCACCACAAGGUUCCAUCAUACAUGAAGCUUUGAAAACCAUUCCUGCAUCUCUUUAGGCAGAGAUCAGGGCAUUGACAGAAAGCAUGUUCAAACAUCUCCGGCAACAGUUUGUCACUCGAUUUUUUGGGCGUUCUCGGCAAAGAGCAAGGCUGGUCUCCAAAGAUGGCAGGUGCAACAUAGAGUUUGGCAAUGUGGAGGCACAGUCAAGAUUUAUAUUCUUUGUGGACAUCUGGACAACUGUGCUUGACCUCAAGUGGAGGUACAAAAUGACCAUUUUCAUCACAGCUUUCUUGGGGAGCUGGUUUCUCUUUGGCCUCCUGUGGUACGUGGUGGCCUAUAUUCACAGAGACCUCCCAGAGUUCCACCCUGCUGCCAAUCACACCCCCUGUGUGGAGAACAUCAACGGCUUGACCUCAGCUUUUCUGUUUUCUCUGGAAACUCAAGUGACCAUUGGGUAUGGCUUCAGGUGUGUGACGGAACAAUGUGCCACUGCCAUUUUCCUGCUGAUCUUCCAAUCUAUACUUGGCGUCAUUAUCAAUUCUUUCAUGUGCGGCGCCAUCUUAGCCAAGAUCUCUAGACCCAAAAAACGUGCCAAGACCAUUACGUUCAGCAAGAACGCAGUGAUCAGCAAGCGGGGCGGGAAGCUUUGCCUCCUAAUCCGAGUGGCCAAUCUAAGGAAGAGCCUUCUUAUCGGCAGUCACAUAUACGGAAAGCUUUUGAAGACCACGGUCACUCCAGAAGGAGAGACCAUUAUUUUGGAUCAGACCAAUAUCAACUUUGUAGUUGAUGCUGGGAACGAAAAUUUAUUCUUCAUCUCUCCACUGACAAUUUACCACAUCAUCGAUCACAACAGCCCCUUCUUCCCCAUGGCAGCGGAGACGCUUCUCCAGCAGGACUUUGAGCUAGUGGUGUUUUUAGAUGGCACAGUGGAAUCCACCAGUGCGACCUGCCAAGUCCGGACCUCCUAUGUCCCCGAGGAGGUUCUUUGGGGCUACCGUUUUGCUCCCAUUGUAUCCAAGACCAAGGAAGGGAAAUACCGCGUGGAUUUCCAUAACUUCAGCAAGACAGUGGAAGUGGAGACCCCUCACUGUGCCAUGUGCCUUUAUAAUGAGAAAGACGCCAGAGCCCGGGUGAAGAGAGGCUACGACAACCCCAACUUCAUCUUGUCAGAAGUCAAUGAAACAGGUGACACCAAAAUGUAGCAGUAGCUUUUCAACACAAGUAAAGCGAAGCCUGUGAGGUACCCAGUGACUGUGAGCAUCGUGAAGCAACAAUUUGGAGGUACGAAAGGAAGGGCGCCCUCAGAGUCUACCAGCACAAUGACCCCCUGAGCCACAUAACCAUGAUCGGACGAGACACAGAGCUCUACAAGGCUACAUACUGGAACUUGCGAUGCAUUUACAGAAAACUGGCACAUGGGCGCUACAGAAGCUUACCUGGAAUCUUAAAUGUGAUUAUUUGAGAUUGGUAUUGAAGGGAACAGGCAGAAUCAUCAAAAGUCUCAUGGAUGGGCCAAACAAGAUAUCCAUAAAAAUCUCUCCAAAGAAGUCAGGAGCUUUAAAUAGGAUCAAGGAACAAUAAUACUAUCAUUGUGAUUCUACCAGUAAGAAAGACUCCACUUUUAUUUUAAUGCUGACUUUUAUCAAUGGAAAAAUUGUCUCCUGAGUUAGGAGAGGUGAACUAACCCAUGGAUGACAGUAAGGAAGACUGUGACGCAAAGAACAGUUCUAGGGGAGGCUAAUGCCACACUCCAGAAUCUCCACAAAUGCCUUCCUGUAAGAUGGAACACUUGAGUUGAACAUAGUGGUGUUAUUUCUUUUAAUCCGCAGUGGAUUGGUUAAGGGGCUACAGAUCUGUCAAAAGUGUAUUUCCUGCUUUUCCAAGAGGGCAAUGAGGAGUUGGAAGGUGCAGACUCCGUCUAGCAAGGAACAUACUGCUAGUGCUGCUGAGAAGAAAAAGUUUAUACUGAAAUGCUAUUUCUAAAGAAAAAGUGGGAAAGAAAAAGAAAUGGGAGGUGGCCCCAGAGUCA